AUGCUUUCGCCCAAGGACUGUUCAGAUGGCAAUGGUGGUUCUCCUUCCGGCCUGCAUGCUGCGUCCAGUGAGGCCCCACAGAUGUUAAGGCCGUCAUCAAUCCGGGCGAAGCCGUUCGGGCUAGUCGCCGAUGUGCUCUUCCAGAUCAUCACACACGGCGAUCUGACUGUAAUCCUGAGCCUGUGUCUAGUAAACCGAGCCACCUAUGAAACCAUCAAGAUGCUUGAACCGCAUAUCUGCGGCUGGUUCAUGCGACUCCAGGGGACCGGCGGCGCAUUCGACCCUGUCCUGACCAUGGAUCCGUGGACCGGAGAACAGGCCGGGAUGACGAUCCACCGUCUGCUGCGAUACUCCGAACGUGAGCACAUCGCGCGACGGCUCGCACGGCACAUCGUACCCACCGUCUGGGGCGCAUUCACACCCGAUCAGAGCUCCGAGAUGGAUUUCACCGCAGAGCUGCGGCUCGCCCACCGUCUGGAACGGGGGCUGUAUGUGCUCUUCCACAUGUCGGACAUAUCGCGCGAGAUCGAGAACAACCCAGAACAGAGCAGACGGCCGUCGACGCCGGUCCUGGCGGAGCGAUUAUUCGUCCUCACGCAGAUGAUGGACGAAUACCAUGACCAGCAACAGACGAGGUCGUUCCAGGAGCACGCCAGCCACGUCUACGCCGUGAUCCGAUGGGGGUACAAGGAAGCUGACAUUGGUCGACGGCGGCUCGAGUUCCGCAGCCACCUUGACGAGCAGACCCAGAUCGACCUGCACGCGACGCUGCGCAUGUUGCGCGAGCUGACCGAGCGCAUGCUCCUCCAGCACGGCCCGAAGGACUGGCACCGCGACGCGAAGAACGAGUACAGCAUCAUCUCCUGGUUCCUGCUGCGGCAGUCGCCGCGGUCCCUUGCGAAGCUGUUCCUCAGUCCACAGGACCAAUGCUGCGGCAUCGACGAGAAGAUCGCCAACUGCGGCGCGCGCGACUGUCGCUUCGCAGACCCGCUAGACCAGUACUGGAGGGCGUGGAGCAAGUCGUCAGAGCUGGGAUGCCAGGGGUGCAAUUGUAAACGACGAGUGCGCAGUUGGAGCGUGAAGCCCACGCUGAUAGACGCCCGCGGACGCGAGUUCAAUCGUGCUGCUGAACGGUACCUGAAAGACAUGUGGAGUCAACGACAUGUCGGAUUGCAUCGCACUUUUACGCUCGGAUACUUUAAUACCCUGUUGUUUUAG